AUGGAAGACGCGUCAAGGGGCCUGUGCUUUGUUGCUGUUGCUGCUUCCGUCUGUCCUGAGGUGCUGCUAUUCUGCUGCAGCUUCCCUCCGGUGCCGCAGCAGCAGCUGCUGCCGCCACUGCCGCAGCAGCAGCAGCAGCUUUUUGGCGGGGUGGAUCUGUGGCGAGGCAGCGCCGCCCUCAAGUACAGACUGAGGCCCCCAAUCCCCGGAUGCCGUGCCACGGGCAUGGCCUUCUUGAACGACAGCAGCAGCAGCAGCUGCGGCAGCAGCAGCAGCAGCGCAAGGCCCCUGCUGCUCGCUGUGCGGUGGGCGCUGCCCUGCCCGGCUACUGGGGGGCCCCUCAAGGGCCCCUCAGAGUGGAUUGCUGUGGCUGUUUGUCUUUAUUCGCCCACAGCUUUAGGGGGGGCCCCAUGCUUGCCUGUGUGGGGUCCUGCGGCGUCUGCAUCAAUCAAGGGCUGCUUCCUGCAGAAUCAGCAGCAGCUGCUGCUGCUACAGCAGCAGCAGCAACAGCAGCAGCUGCUGCAGCCGCCGGUUUCGGGCGUCUACGGCGGCACGGACGCAACCGCAGCAGCAGCAGCAGCAGCAGCGGCGCGAGACCCGUUCCUGCUGCAGCAAAGCAUCAAGCCUUCGCUGCUCGGCAGCAGCAACGGCAGCAGCUUGCUGCUGCAGAGCGCCUCAGGCUGGGAUCUGUCGAAGAGUUGGAGGGGAACUGGUGCUCCGCGGGGGCCCUUAGAGGCGCCUCUCUCUGGCGUUGGCGGCUUUAGCAGCAUUGCAGCAAAAGAUUCGAUUUCUCCGCUGCAGCAGCAGCAGCAGCAGCAGCUCUUUAGGCAGCAGCAGCAGCUGCUGCUUCAGCCGCCGUACGGCACUGCGAGCAGUCUGGGUUACUUAGGGUUGAGCAGCAGCGGCACUUCUCUAGCGGACAAGGCCCAGCAGCAGCAGCAGCAGCAGCAGCAGCGGUGGCUGGCGCUGCACCGCCUGGGGUACCGGCAGCGGCUGCAGCUGCACGAGCAGCAGGAAGAGCAGCUGCGGCUGCUGCAGCACCGCCGGGCGCAGCAGCAGCUGGAGCAGCAGUCUGGGGUGUUUGCGCCCGGCGCAGCAGCAGCAGCAGCAGCAGCAGAUUUAGAGCUGUUCCCGCCCCACAACUCCGCAACAGCAGCAAUGCAAAUGGGGCACCUUUGGGGGCCCCCAGGGGCCUCUUCUUUCCCCUUCCGGCGGCGGCUGCUGCCCCCGAGGCGAGACGCGCCUUACCAGCUGCCGCUGCUGCAGCGCAGCAGCAAGGCAGCUCUUCCUGCUGCAGCUGUUUACGGCCGCGCUGCGCAGCCGCUGUGGGCCUCCAGGGGCCCUCCCCCGCUGCUGCACGGCAGCCGCAGCCUCGGAGGGGGCCCCCUGGGGGCUGGGGGCCCCCCUGGCCCUCUGGGGCUGGGGGCCCCCCUCGAUUAUAUGGCUGUAGAUGCCCGAGAUGAGGCCGCCGAGAGAGGGGGCCCCGGGCUGCUGCCCAUGCAGCAAGAUCCUUGGCCGGCCUUUUCUGCCUUUUGA